CUGGAAUUGUGAAUAAGGUAUUUUUUAGCGUGUUUUCGGUUAAAAUAAUGUGCGUGAAAAUUGAAUUGUAUUGUGGUAAAUAAAAGAUUGUUAAUAGUUAGACCAUUUAUUCAAUAUGCAUUCAGGCCAAGAUAAAUUCAAUAUUUUUAAUUCAUUGACUGGUAUUGUUGCUGGUUUAGAAGGUGAAUAUACAACAAUCGAUUUAAGAAACGAAGCCAUAGUUACUGGAAAAAUCGAAAGUGUUGAUGGACAGAUGAAUAUAAAUAUGGAGGACGUUACUUUUUAUGAUGCAAGAGGUAUUAAACAAUCCUUUGAAAAAUUCUAUGUCAAAGCUCGAACUAUCCGCCAUGUACAUAUUCCAAAAAAUUUUUCUCCUGAGGAAUUGUUUUCAAGACAAGAGAAGAAAAUAUUCAAGAAGAAGGAAGUAAAAGGAAAACGUACAUUCAAAGAAAUUCGUGCUAAAAGGAAUAAUGCAGAAACUAUAAAAGAAGCUUUCAAAAAAGAUUGAAAAAUUCUUAGUUGAAAGAACUCUUGUUGAAGUUGGAUGUUAAUUACUUCGACAUUGAUUCUUUUUAAGUGAUAGAGAAGUCUGAUAGACUCCAAUUCAACCUAUACAUUUUGUACUAAUGAAAUAAAUACUAAUAAAAUAAAUGACCAUUUUUGUGGUAUA